GUUACAAGGAGCAUGCGCAGUACAGCAACAGGAGCGAUUUGAGAGGAGACACCUACAUCCGCGCUGCUGAAGUACGUAGUUAGUGAUAGGGCGUAUCGGUUUUCCACACGAGCAGGAUUUACGUCGCUCCACACUGCGACAAGGGGUCGAGAGGUAACCAAACGGAUGUAGGACUCUACUACAUGUGAGGUUGCAGUGGACGCUCAAAGUCAGAAGGCAGCGAGCCGGAAUAUCCUGAAAAACCAACUUCUGCCGUCUAGCUCUCGACCAGCAGGCGAUGGAGAACACGCGGUAUGAAGACCCUGCAAGACUGGAGAACCUGCACAACGUGUCAAGUGACGGGUUUGCAAGGAUCGAGGCCCAUGCCCUGGAAGGGGAACAAAGAUGGAAGUGGCUUUUCGUCCCGCUUGUAAUCGUCGUAAUCGGAAUUGCCGGUUCGGCUUGGAUCCCAUAUGGUACACGUAUGAAGGAACUGGGCGAAGCUACUGGCGAACUGGGAUGGACUCGCAGAGAACUAGAAUUUGCUUCUGCCAAACUAGAAGAGACUAGUAGCAAACUACAGCAGCAAGGGAUUGAACUGGAGGAGACACGUAACGAACUCAAGCGCACUAAUGACAAGCUAGAGCGAGCUACUAUUGAACUGAAGGAGACUACUGGUGAACUGCAGCACACACGUAUAGCACUCAAGUUCACCGCUACAGAACUGCAACGGACCCGUGGCGAACUGCAGCGAACUACUGAUAAACUGCGUCAGGCUACUGGAGAUAUGGCGCGGCACGCUGGGAGACAGGAGCAGAAAAGUGACGAACUGCAGCACGAUAUUAGCCUGCUAUCUAAACACAUUAGUAACUUUCCCUAUAUCAUGAUAAUAAGCGUCCUAUUGUGGGCACUAUUCAUGGUCGGGUGUAGAAGGGGGAAAGAUUAGCGAUGCACUGACGCUCUUCAAAUGCUGCUAAUUACGGAAAAUUGAGUUUUCUGUUUCGAAGUGGUCAGUCAACUGAUUCGAAAUUUCACCAAUCGUCAAAGAUGCGAGAAACUUCGCUGAGUUUUACAAAUCGACGCAGUGUCUUUUUUUUUUUUUUCGUUUUGCUUUCUAGAAUACAUUUGUAAUUAUUUGGAAUAAUGUUUUUGAUAAUUGCUUGUUGUUACUUUGUUGCUAUUCCUUCCUUGCCAAAAUAGCACUAUACAGGGUGGUCUACCAACCAUUACAGAAAUUCAUAGUAAAAAACCUUGGCCCCGGAGAGACACGCGGUCAAGGGACUUUUUUCUGCCAAUAACUUUUGCCACAUAUUGGUGACAGUUUUAUUUCAUUUCAAUUUGCGAAAAGUUAAUUUCUUGAACUCCUAAAUUUCCCAAGGCAACCUAACGUUUUCUUUGCGGAAAUGGGUUCCCCGUGGUCAUUUUGCUCAGUGUAGCACAUAAUCCCACUCGUAAUGCAAUGGCAAAUGCCGAAAUGAAUUCGCCGAAAAUACGCGGAAAUGAGCCCUUGGCUCUGCCUCUUUUUUGACGUCUCGUAGUUUGAGCGCAAAGCUGCGAAGAAAGGAGGCUACAUUGACACGCCACACGAGAGGGAAAGGGUUACAAGCCUUACCCACGGAACAAACACGCGCGGCGAGUGCCGGAAUCAGACCUAUCUUAUCACAAAUGAGAUCACCCGAUGAAUUGUAACCCUUUCCCCCCUCGUGUGGCCUGUCAAUGUAACCUCCGUUCUUCGCAGCUUCGCGCUCAAACUGUGAGCCGUCAAAAAAGAGGCGGAGCCAAGGGCUUAUUUCCACGGAUUUUCGGCGAAUUUAUUUCGGAAAUUGCCAUUGCAUUAGGUGUGGGAUUAUGUGCUAUACUGAGUAAAAUGACAACGGGGAACCCAUUUCUGCAAAGAAAACGUGAGGUUCCCUUGGGAGAUUUCGGAGUUCAAUUCAAUUCAAGACGGAAAGAAAUUCUUUCCGUCAAUUGAAAUGGAAUAAAAAUGUUACCAAUAUGUGGCAAAAGUUAUUGGCAGAAAAAAAUCCAUUGACCGCAUGUCUCUCCGGGGCCUACGUUAUUUACUAUGAAUUUCUAUCAUGGUUGGUGGACCACCCCUGUACUCGUAUAUGCUUUGGUGCUCCAUGUUUCAGAAAUACUGUCCGCUUAAUGUAUUCAGACGUGUUUGUGUCUUAUUUUAUUCUCACGUAUAGUGUGUUUUCUAUGGCUCUUUAACUUUGCACGAUAUACGGAAGACCCUUUGACCGGGAAAUCUUCCCUCUGGGCCCUCCAUUGUCUCCUGUGUCCUGGGUGCUCGAUUGGGUGAUUUGAGUCAUGCACUUAAUCUGGUAUUUUUCCAAUAAAAAUGCAUAUAAUUCAGCUCACUUCAAUUCUAAGAUUUCCAAUAACAUCUGGCUUUAUCUGUUAGCCGCCCUAUGGACCGAAAGCAACUACGUGUUACAAAAUAAAAUAAUCAUGCAUUUGACGUGCGUUUAUCACGUGCGGCAGGGUUCUUCCUUUGUAAUAAUAAUAAUAAUAUUAAUAAUAAUAGUGCAUUUCAUUUAGGGUGUAUGUAUACGGCAAUAUAUCUUAAUCGCAAGGCACUUUCUGUGCGCUGCCUUAACCAUGAUAUUAUGUUCUGUUACAAGAUCACACAGAGUAUUGUGGCUAGAUCUCCCCUAUUAGGGCAAUGGCAUUGUGAUUCCCACCAAUGUCAUCGGGCACACCAAUAUUUUGUAUACUUUCCACUGCACACCACUUAACCCCAUCUCACGAAUUCGGCGAGCCACAACUGCCCUCCAUUCGCAUGUCGAUCUCUUUGACUCCCGUACCAGUUCCAUGAGGGUAUUUCGAGGGAAUCCAGUGGACACCACUUGGCACAGUCCAUUUACGUAAAAGUACACAUACAAACGCGCAGUCGUACCAUUCUGUAUUACUUUUUCUUUGUUACUUUUUUCAACAUUGCUGGAAAGCAAUUUUAUUUGGCGCGCCAUAUCUUCUGCUCUUUUGUUUUUAUGUAUGACUUUCAUUCAUGUGUGACUCUGCUUCGUGUGUAUGUCCUACAUGUUUGACUGCUGCAGUGCGGUAGAUGGGUAGCCUGUUGAUACAGUGGGAAGACAUGAUAAGAUGUAUGCAUAGUGGAGACAGACGUAUGCAUCAGCAGCCCGUGGAUCAGUCUACUGCCAGCAGAGAUAGCGUAUCUGAAAGAGCAUGCGAUAGGAACGGUACCUGGUGUGUAGGUGUUACCCUAGCGAAAAUGUUGAUUGAUUGAUUUUAAAAGAAAAAAUGGAGAUGGUAGCGAAAAUGUUGGCAGAGGCCACCAAGAUGUUUGAAUAGAUCAGUUCAUCCGUUGUGCGUGCAGCCAACUGUCCUGUCUUCUUUACUUUGUCCGUGUCCCAUGUGCGCUCUUAUUAUGUCUUCCCAAUGUUUGACUGCAACACUAUGUGCAUGCACAUGUUUUUUUUCUGUAUUUAUCUUCGCGUGCCAACACUAAGGCCCUGUGCAGUUCUUGGGCACGUAAAUAGAUGUUAUUAUUAAAGAUUAUUAUUAUCAUUGUUAUUAUCAUCGAAACAACUGCUCCGAGAGAAGCGCCACUACUGCUCAGCAUAGCGCCACAACACAUAUUGGAUUCUUCGUAUAUUUGUUAUUUCUGUUUCUGACCUGUUUGAUUAUCAGCAAGGGAUAGCACGCGCUCAGAGUGUUCCGUGUAACACCGCCCCCUCUUUUCGAAAUAGAUAAAAGUGGCGAACUUGUGCGAUUGGUAUAAUACAAAGAGCAAGCUGUCACUCUGGCCGACCCGUCGACGGUUCACGGUGUGUGUUGUUGCAUUUGGAUGGCUGGUCAUCAAUCGCUUGUGGAAGAAAGAUAGAACGGGAUAAAAGAUCCAUCGGGAAAGAACAUCCAACGGGAUCGGGUGCCUGAGGGCAAAGAUCCAAAGUAAAAACAGAUCCAAACUUGAAAGAAGAUCCAGGCGAGUAUCACUCUGCUGUUCCAAGAGGGCAUGAUACCGUCAUGCAAUGGAUCCCAGCUCACGUAGGCAUUCCCGGAAAUGAAGCUGCUGAUGCUUUGACUGUAAUGACACACCUGAAAACGAGAAGACCCUUGUAUAUUUCACGGCGUCGCACGCCGAGAGAAUGCUUCGUAAAAUACUUCACGACGUCUGCUUACGUACAUGGUUGGUUGAUGUGGAGCCCAGCUUGCUAGCCAGAGUCGACUCGAAUUUACGCUUCUGCCUUCCGAGUCGCACACCGCGUGCCAUUGAAUCAUUUGUGUACCGCCUUCGACUAGACCUCCCUUUCAGCGGUACCCUGUUGUUCAAGAUGGGGAAGGUAAACUCGCCGAACUGCCUCACGUGUGAUGAGGUGGAGAACACUGAACAUAUAUUAAUCAACUGCUCCAGAUACAGUGUCCAACGUAAUGCCCUUAGAGCUGUGAGGUAUCUGGCAUUCGAGCCCAGCCGUUGACUCAUCUUCACACCGCGCCUUCGCACGGCGAGUUCAAGGCUUUCGCGUCUAAUAUUCCCACCCUAGUUUAUCUUUCCUGGCGGGCUUUGUCAAGAAGCAGUCCGCUCUUGGUACUCGUACAAUAAACAGCUCUCUUAGAGCGGCAGCUCGGCUCGUGCUCUGGUUCCUCUACGGAGUGUAAAGCACAACAUGGUGUCAGAAGUGGGAUCCACGGGUCUAUUCUUCGUAUAGCGUGGAUCUCUACAACUGUGCAAACUCCAAACCCUUAAACGUGAAGUAUGGCAACGCCCGUGACGACGACGUCGUACAAGAUAGCACCUCCAGACUCGUUCUCAUUCAAACGCAACGAGUGGCCGGCAUGGAAGCGAAGGUUUCUUCGAUUUCUGUCACCUUCCGGAUUGCAAGGACAGAAAGAGACCAACUUGGUGGACACGCUCGUCUAUGUGAUAGGACAUCAAGCCGAAGACAUCCUUCAAACGUUCAAGCUCAAAGCCGAGGAAUCAACCAACAUCACAAAGGUACUGAAAAAAAUCGAAGAGUAUUUCGUACCUAGACGAAACAUGAUUUACGAGCGAGCCCUGUUGAACACUCGAGUCCAAAAGGAAGCCGAAUCCGUGGAAGAUUUUGCAACUGCUCUGCACGUCUUAUCGUAAACUUGCGACUGUGGCGAGUUAAAAGAGGAUCUGAUCCGAGACCCUCUGGUAGCAGGAGUUCUCGAUCGCAAGCUGUCAGAGAAGCUGCAGCUGGAUCCGGACCUCAACCUCCACAAAGCAUUGGUCACGGCCCGACAGCAUGAAGCGGUUCGAAAGCAGGAGGCUCACCUUCGACCGUUUCCCGAAAAAGACGGCAACAUCGAUCGCAUUAUUAAACAUUCAGGGGGUAACAGAUCAACCACGAAGAAACACCACCAAAAAUCUUCAGAGAGCUCAGAGAACUCCAGAAGCAAGACGUGCCGUUGGUGCGGCAGGGAUCCACAUCCGAGACAGCAGUGUCCUGCGAAAACUGCCAUCUGCAACAAGUGCAAAAAGAAAGGACAUUUCGCACUCGUGUGCAAAUCCUCCUCAACAGUGCACGCAAUUGAAGCACAGCAGGACGUUGGCUUCGUAGGCAUCGCUGGAGGAGAUGGCGGCGCAAGAUGGGAUAUAUCAGUGCUCCUAACCGAUGGGCCACACCUUUUCAAAAUAGACACGGGAGCAGAUGAAACCGUUAUAUCGUAUGAAACGUUCUGCCAGCACCGUAAGCCAGGCAUCACGCUUACAAAGCCCAAAAGACAGCUACACGGUCCCGACGGCAAACCACUCCAAAUCCAAGGAACGAUCGAUUGUGACCUCGAGGUAAAUGGCAAAAAGGCAAAACAAGUGAUCUACGUGGUGAAGGGACUUAGCAAGUCGUUGCUUGGCAAACCAGCAAAAGAAACGUUUUGUUUGUUCCAACGUGACUUCUACGCCUCGUGUCGAGGGUACCAAGACAGUCCACCUCUGCAAUCCGCGUAAGGACUUCUCUCAGCUCCUCAAAGGACUCGGUAACCUCAAGGGGGAAUGUACUCUUGUUCUCAAACAAGAUGCAAAACCGUAUGCUGUCGUUUCUCCGCGCCGCGUGCCGCUCCCUGUCUUCAAAAAGGCACGGGAAGAAAUAUAACGAAUGCAGAAACGUGGAGUUAUCUCACCAAUAGAUGGAGGCAACAGAAUGGUGUGCUCCAAUGGUGGUGGUCCCGAAACCGUCAGGAAACAUCCGUAUCUGUGUUGAUUUAUCAGAACUCAAUCAACAUGUGCACCACGAAUUGCACCCCGUACGAUCAGUUUAGCAGACACUAGGACAGCUUUCAGGUGCAAAAAUAUUCUCGCGGCUGUAUGCCAACUCUGGCUUUUGGCAAAUUCCUCUUAAUGAGAAUAGCCGACUGCUUACUACAUACAUCACACCGUUCGGGAGAUUUUGCUUCAAUCGCCUCCCAUUCGGCAUCAGUUCGGGGACAGAACACUUCCAGAAGAGAAUGACGAGGAUCUUAGAAGGCCUCGAAGGGGAACUCUGCCACAUGGAUGACGUCCUUAUCUACGGUUGUACAGAAGAGCAACAUUCCCAGCGACUGAGGAAAGUGCUACAACGAUUAGCCGACGCACAACGUACCCUGAAUUCCGAAAAGUGUGUUUUUGGAACUUCCAGCAUCACUUUCCUAGAACAUAGGAUAGACGACAAUGGCAUUCGACCGGAUAAUAGCAUCCUCAAGUCAGUACAGGAGAUGCCACCGCCAUCAAACAAGCGCGAACUCCGACGUGUACUUGGUGAAGGACUGCAACAUGUGCGCGCAACACCGCAUCAACAGGAAAAUGCCGCUAAUGCCUACAUCAUUUCCACAACGUCCGUGGGAAAAGCUAGCAAUGGAUUUGUUUUGCCUAAACGGACAAUGGUGGUUAAUUGUCACCGACUACUACUCGCGCUACCCUGAAAUCGCGCGAUUAUCGAGUCUAUCGGCCGCAACGGUUGUAAACCACUGCAAGUCCAUUUUUGCACGACUUGGCAUACCGAACGAAGUAAUAUCGGAUAACGGACCACAGUUCGCCGGUGCAGAAUCAUCAGAAUUUCGAAAAUUCCCAGAGGAAUUCAAGUUCAAACACACCACUUCCAGCCCGAGAUAUCCCCAAAGCAACGGCAUGGCAGAGGCAGCUGUUAAGAUUAUCAAGGGAUCUAUGAAGAAAACGGGGGAUCCGUACGAAACGCUUCUUUCCUAUCGGUCAACACCGCUCAAGAAUGGCUACAGCCCAGUCGAACUACUGAUGGGUAGACGAUUGCGAACUACACUUCCCGUAGCGGAAGAAAUGCUGCUACCCAAGAAGGUAGACCACGAGGUCGUAAAGAAGUGCGAAGAGCUACUGAAAAAGAGACAGAAACAACAGUUCGAUAGACACUACGGCGUUCGACCUCUCUCUCAUCUUGAUGGGGGUCAAGAUGUAUGGGUCAUCGAUGUACAAAGAAGAGGAUCCGUGAAAGGCUCAGCCUCAACACCACGUUCCUAUCUUGUGGCAACGGAGAGGGGAAAUCUUCGCCGCCAUCGGUCGCAUCUCAUCCUGCUGUCACAGAGUUUACGUGAUGACCACAUGGCCGAAACAACAGACCUCGCAGAUGCACAAAUGCAUGAAAGAAGUAGCACUUGUGAGAAUAUGUCUCACAUGCAUACCAGAAGUGGACUCUGCAUUACGUCAAAGGCUUUUCCUGAGUCAGAGACUUCAAAAGGAAGGGAAAUGUGAGAUAUCUGGCAUUCGAGCCCAGCCGUUGACUCAUCUUUACAUUGCGUCUUCGCACGGCGUGUUCAAGGCUUUCGCGUCUCAUAUUCCCACCCUUGUUUAUCUUUCCUGGCGGGCUUUGCCUAGAAGCAGUCCGCACUUGGUACUCGUACAAUAAACAGCUCUCUUAUAGCGGCAGCUCGGCUCGUGCUCUGGUUCCUCUACGGAGUGUAACGCACAACAAGAGCCGCCUUGGAAAGACUGGACCGCCAUCCUCUAAACUUAGGGAAGCUCCUCGGGGAAUGGCCGAGGGACCUCAGACAGCUGCUUUAAUGACAUUUCUUGUGGACAUUGCAGCGCCUCUAACUGUUUAGACUGACUCUUUUUUUUCUCUCCAAGUGUUUUGGAGUAGCCGGCUCCUGUGUUUUGUAGGAGCCUCCAUCUCUAUAGUUUUCUUUUUAAUUCCAACUCCAUCCACGCGACAACAAUGUCCAUAAGGAAGAAAAUGUACAAAGGAGGAUGUGUGUGCAUGUGUACACCGGCAGAAAAGAAUGACUAUCGUGUCAUACUGUAAGUAUAUAUUAAAGAGUGACUAUUGAAUGUUA